CAACCCGUAGGGCGAGAGGCGGAAGGAGAAGCAGAUGUGUUGCUAGGAUACAGAGAACGCGUGGCUGGAAAUGAGCCUGGGAUGGGAAAGGCUUCUUCAUUGCGACCUUUCUUCAGAGAGAAGUAGGAGCUUCUUUAUACAACAAUUCCAAAGUUCUACCAUUUAAUCUUGUAAUUGACACAACAUGGAGAUACUGAUCAGACAGCAGUUGUCAGAUGCUGAGAGAAACCAAGAUAUGGAUGCAUUGAAGGGUGCCUACAAGUUGAUCAAAUCAGCUAAUGAUGGAAGAUCAGCUCUUGAUUCCUCAGAACAAUUCUCUUCUGACUUGUACAUCUUGUGUGCAGAGCAAGCACAUAAGAUGGGUUUCCCGGAAAUGAGCAACGACUGUCUACAAAUGUUCUUUAGAGGGAAACCCCCUGUUACUCAAUUUUUUGGCAGAGCGUACCUGUGCCAGAGCCAAUUAUAUACCCCUGUGUCUACUGAUAAUUUGGAACAAUUUGAAAAAUUCAUUAUACACUUGCUGAAAGCAAUAGACUUUGCAUUAGGUGAUACAAGAUACUAUUUUUUGAUAUAUAAUGCUUCCGUUAUCUAUUGGAGGAAUAUAAGACCAUUUUUAAAACCUGGGUUUCGCCACUUUCUUAUUCCAAGCCUCACUCAAAUUGUCCUUGCACUGAAGCAUCCGGCUGAAGAAGACAAAGACUGGACAGCAGAACUCAUGAUAGAAUUGCUUGAAUGUUUCCUGGAUGCUUCCAGAUUUGAAGAAGCUGUAGAUUUUUCAUCUACUGCAGCAGCAUUCAUUAAAGAAAAUGUUCCAGGGAGAUAUAAACAACUAUUUUCUAUAAUGGUAUACCACAAACUGGUUGACAUUUCACAAAUGGAAGAUGAACUUGGAAGUUCUCCCAGCCUGAAUAUUAUUUAUAAAAUCCGAACAAUGGAGCUGCAAUUAAAUAAAAAUGAAAUUCCACAAGAAGCCACUACAGAAUUGAGAAAUAUAUAUGAAUAUUUUAAAGGAUCUAGAAGGAAACUAAAUCACAAUGAAAGAAUUUCUUUGUUGCUGGAAUUGGGUCGACUUUCUUUAAGAUUAAAUUGUAUCCCUAUUGCAUGUUCAUGUAUAGAUGACCUGAACAAAUUCAAGAUAAGUGAUCAGGGAAAAGAGAUUGAAUUAGAUUGCUUGGAAUGUGACUGUGAAGUUAAAAAACUUGGGCCUAAAAUUGAAACAUAUGCUAAAAGUGUGGUUGAGGCACAAGUAAAAGUUAUACGGAAACUGGAGCUAAUUUUAAACCGUGCAAUUCGACUACGGGAUCCUAAUGUUAUUCAGGCUGUAUGCGCGACACAAUGGAAUAUCUGCUUACCACUGCUGCAGCCCAACUUGCAACAUCAUGUACGGAAAUCACUAUUAGCUAUUGCUGAAAUCCUAGAGAAGAUUGACAGCAUGUUGAUUUUAUUACGCUGCCAAGUGCAUAUGGAAAUUGCUCGCAUUGAAGAAAAGGGAGACAGAAUUGAGGCUGCCAUGGAACAUUUGCAGAAGGCCAUUGACCUGGAUAAUAAUGGCCAAUAUAAUGAGUAUCUUAAGAUGGCUUUCCAUAGGCUUAACCUAAACACAAUCUUGUACAAGUCACUGGACCGUCUGGAAGACCAAGCAAGUUUGAUGGUUGAACAGGCAAAAAAAGGAACACCAAAAGACAGUGUGAGAAAAAAACGCUCUCUCUUGAUGAAUGCUGGCCGUGCUCUAGCCCCUGAGGCAUUUCAGAUCGUCCUUGAUAGUGAAAAUGAAGCUAAAGUUGCCUCAAGUAAAAGUAAGGGUCAAAUUAGUUAUCUCUGUGCAAGAGCAGAACACCACACAAGAAGUGUAGAGAAAGCAGAUGGGCAUCUGAAAAGAAUAGGACAUGAAAAUGAAAAAGAGAGAAUUAAACUUUGGUCAGAAAUAGCAAAAACAGCACGAAAACAAGGUGUAUGGGAUGUGUGCCGAGCUGCAUGUAGAUUCUGCCUCUUGUAUGAUGACUGUCAAACAACAAAAACACCAAAGCGCAGAAAAAUACUCAAGAAGAAAACAAGUGCAAGUACGUUAGAAGAUGAUCAAGAAGGAAGUAUACAAAGGGAAUCGCCCUCACCCUCUCCCACUAGAUUUUUCUCUUUGGAAAGAGAUUUAUUGAGAACCUUAGCAGAAGUGAGAUUCAUUAAUGCAGAGGCUACAAUUCAUUUACUGAGAACGGAAGGUGUUGAGUUCAAUGAUCAGCCUGUUCUCCCUGUAGAUAUAAAUCUGCACUCUUCAGAACAGGUUUCACUACAAACUGGACAUGAAGCAGAAUGGAGUACUUACAGUUCCUGGAUAAGCAACUUAUCUAAAUAUGCUAUGGAAAACUUUCUACGAGCUGCUAGAAUUGGAGAGGAGUUAAAUGAAGCCUGGAUCGUACAUAAUACUGUGGUGUAUGUUCUAAAUCACAAUAAACACCUGAUUGCUGCCAAAAGGCAAAGAGAAAUUGUUGAAUCUCUGCAAACUCUUUUCAGUGCAGUUAAGAAUACUGGACAUUGUGGGAAUACUACUAUUUUUGUAACAUUAUGUAAUGCAUUGGCGCGGGCCCUAAUUCUUCCUUGGAUUCCAAAACCUAUUCCAAAACCUGAUGAAAAGAAAGUUACAGAAGAAGGGCCCGUCAAACGUAAAAAGGUUUCUGCAAAAGUGCAUGAAAAAUUGGUUUCUGUAUCAAUUUUAGCAGUGGAUCCAGCUGGAAUCCCUGACAUUAAAGCAGCAAUAGAGGUUUGUGAAUUUGCCAUGCACUUGCCGAAUGGAAGUGUCCCUGAUGAGCCAGUCCCUAUUGCUAUGCGUCAACAAGUUAUAGCAACGUGGGUGAAAGCCAAGCAAUUAGUUCAGCAGCAGAUUGGGAAAUGGCAAGGAUCUGAGGAUGAGGGUAAUGAUGAAGGAUCCAGUCCCAUGGCCAAACUAUUUAUUGGUUUGGAAAUGUACUCCUGCAAUGGUUUGGGCCUCAUGGACUUUUCACUUCCUAGUUUGUCAAAUUUAGUGAAAAUGGCUUUAGAGUGCAACUGGACAGAUUCACUGGUUCAACUUCAAACCAUGACCAGGCUUGCACAUUUUGCCUACACCAUUCACGACCACGAACUGGUGACAUUUUGCACUCAGAAGGCUUUGGAUUUAGACGAUAAAGCUCUGGGCAACACUGAGAUGAAGAAAAAAGGAAUGAGUGACUACUCAGCAAGACAACAAAUGCUAAGUAUUGCUGCUUGUACACAAGGGAAAAGCAUGAUGGAAAAUUUGGGUGGCAAAAAGCAUAUGCGUGCUGUCGCAUCAAAAUCCUUUGUGGAAAGUGCAAGAUUUGCAGGAGAAGCUGGUGAUAUUGAUCUUGCCAUGAUAGCAGGUAGACAUUUCUGGAAUGCUUGCUUACCUUUCAUUGGUUCCUCAGCAGACAGGCAACAGCUCAAACUGCCCACUGAGGUCAUUCUCAAGAGCAUCAUUAAAGCAUCAGAGUCUAAACAUAAGCAGGAAGCAGAACAUAUGUUGGAUUUGCAUCAAUGGCCUACAGUAGAUUUUCAAAGCAGCAGUUUGCCUGAUGGACAUUUUUAUCCAGGUGCUGAAGAAGACUUGACUUUAAGGACAUUCUUGUACGUGUUAUUGUUCCAAGUAUAUGCUGAUAAAAAUGACUGGAAAGGAGGCCUCAAAGUGUUAGAUGAAGCAGUUCAAACUCUUCCUAGAACAAAACACAGACUUCCAAUUUUUAAACAUAUGGUAAUGGUAAAGGCAAGACUUGGGCGUAACUAUAUCAUGGAAAUACAGAAAUUCAGAGAUGAAAGUGAGGACUACUUGUCACAUAUGUGGCAUCGACUGGCAUCAGUGUCCCCAGAUAUUAUGGGACAGUUAACUUGUUACCAAAAUGCAAUUGAAGUUUUACAGAAAAAAGAAUUUGAAUUAAAGAAAGUGGAUAAUUUGAUUGACUUUGCUGAAUGGCUAUAUUGCAAAGAAUUUCCUCUUAAUGAAGCUAUUAAACAUCUGGACUGGGCAAUAAAUAUAUUGUUGUACCUCAACCCUGUUAGAAAUAGCCCUGAGGAUGAAGAUUCAAGAGGCCAAAUUAUGAUCAGAGAUAUAAAAUACAUAAAGCAGUUGGAAGCUUUGGUUAGAGCUCAUACUGUAAUGGCAGUCAUUUCUGGCCAUGAGUCCCCUUUCCAUGAGCAGCACUGUUUGAUGGCAUAUACGUUCAUGAUGCGCAUGUGGCAGAUAUCACUGACAACAGCACGAUCUGUUUUAAAAGCAUUGGGCAAACUUUCACCAACUCCAACUGGUAGUCCAAAAUCAAAAGGGAAGAAAGAGACAAAGCAACCUGCUCCUGGUAAGACUUCACCAACAACCCCUCCUAAAAAGGAUAAAUCCUCAAAAGAGGCCAGACAGACUUCACCGACAACUCCUCCUAAAAAAGAUAAGACUUCAAAAGAUGGCAAACAAGCACAGUCGGCUAUUAAGGAGAAAGCUAAACGGAAAGGACCAAUUGAAGCUUUACCAGCAAGUGUGGAAGAAUGGGCUAAUUAUGAAUGCCCUGAAGAAGUUAGAGAAGCCUUCAAGCAGGACUCAAGUGGCUGUGCUGUGAACAGGGAAACAAUUUUAGCACCUACACGCACUUUAUAUUACCUAAACCUUUUAGUUAAGGAGCUGCAAACAAUUAUGUGUACUCAUUUGACUCUUCCGGUUCUCCAACUAUCUGAGAUCAUUGCUCGUGAUGUUGCAGAAAGCAGAAGUCUGGCAGAUCUCUAUCAUCUUCGACUCUCCCGUAUAUGUUUAGAUUUGAAACUGUGUCAAGCAUCAUCAUAUCAUGAGAAAGCAGUGGGUGGAGUAUACAUUAAUGAAAUCGAACAAGGAAGGUUUAGGCAAGAGAUUGCAUUUAAAAAGGAGAAUGCCCUGAAAGAUUAUCAAAAGGAAACUGAAUUAUUUGAUGAGGAACAGGAAAUAAAAUGCUUUGUCGCAAAAGACAAGAUUUUGGAACUAAAUCCUAUUACUGGAAAAGAAUUAAGUGGGAUGUCUUUUCCCUACUUGUGGAUAGACAAGGCUGAAGUCUUACUCCAACUCUGUUUAUAUCAACCAGCAAGACUACUGCUUUCAGAAGCACACCAAGCAGCUCAGGAAAUGAAUGACCCAUGUACUGCAUCACGGUGCCUUUAUCUUCUUGCUGUGCUCGCUAACUUGGAAAAAAAACAUGGGCAAGCCAAAGCUAUGCUUGAAAAGGCACAGUCGAUAGGAGGAAAUGAAAAGUUUUGGCAUAAUAGCACUUUGUGCCUCACAGAUGCUAUUUUAGGACGACUCAAGGAAGGAAAGGAAAGAACAGCUUGCUACGUUUUGCAGAAAAAUGUAAAUAAUUUAAAAUCAUUAUUUGAGGAGAGACCUAACAGAAAACCUGAGAUAGGUUUUAUAGUUGCACACCUUGAGGCACGCAAAGCAUAUAUUCAGAUAGAAAUUGCUAAAGAUUUCAUCAGUGGUAAUCGGCACGCAACUGAGCUAGCGACAAUGUUGCUAGAACCUUGCGAUAAGUUAAUUCAAAUAGAGAAGGACUUCCUUUCCUUUGGAUAUAAAGACUAUAGUGCUGAGGUUUUGAUGGCUUGUGCAAAUAUUCACAGCAUACUAGGUAAACAUGCAACAAACACUGAAGACAAGCGGAGUCAUUACAUAGAUGCAUACAUAGCAGCUCAAAACGCAGUAUCACAAAUGGAAGAGCUUUUCCGACAUGUUAAUAACAUGCUUCCCAUUAAUGAGACAAGAAAUAUUAGCACACCACUGAUAAGAAAACUUGCCGAGAUGAAGCUGAACCUCAUAGAAAUAAUUGUGGACAUUUUUGUUGUUAUCAAUAUUGAGAAAAAAAUCAAAGAGUCUAGAGCAGAACAAAUUGAGCAAAUCAUCGAGGACUUUGUCAGGUUUACGCCUGAUGCUGCUUCUGUUGAACAGGCAUGGAUAACCCUUGGUUAUACGAUUGGUCAUAAUGUCCAGGCUGAACUCACAAGCCUACAGAGUCUUUACAUUGGCUGUCCUGAUAUCAAAGCUAAAUACCUCUAUCUAACUGGGAGGAGCCUGCAUUUACUUUCUGAUCACAUAAAUCCUUUACCUUUGGAUAUUCAGUGGUGUGAAAGUACAGUGGAGGAGGUUAAAACUAUAUCUGAGAAAUCUCCCUCACCAGAAACAGAAGCAAAAUGUGAUGAAGAGGAAACUCCAACUCCCCGCGUGCCACUUACUAAAAAACAGCUUGAGCAGUACCAGAGGAAAGCAGCCAAAUUGAAGAGAAGACAGCUUGGGAAACAGAAGUAUCUGUUUCAGUCAACAGAGGUUUUGCUGCAAUGCAUUAACACUGCGAUUAAUAACAACAUGCUUGAUACUUUGGCUGCUGCUAGUUUGGAAAUGGUUGAAUGCCUUGGACGACUUGACCCACUUUCAUCAGCCCAGUUUUUAGCUCUUUAUCAGAGUUGUUCAGCUUCAAUGAUAAUGAAGAAAAUCCUGCUAUCAGCAACAAUGAAUACCCACAGUUCACAACUGGCAGCAAUGCUACAUCUGCAGCAUCACAUAGAACAAAAAGGAGAUAAAACUAGUAGUCUUCUCAAAAAUGUGGAGCAGAGGAUAGCAGCAAUUUCAAAGGCAUGGGGAAAUCUUCUCAUUUCUGUUCAACACUUUAAUAUCAUGAAUGAAUUACCACCAAACUUUCAUGUAGUGAUUCUUCAGCAUUCAGAUGACCGAUCACUGCUAUAUGGUGCAAUACUUGAGAAAGUUAAACCGCCCAACCCAAAGGAUCAAAAGGAACAAAAAGAUAAGAGUGGACAGCCAAAAGAAAAGGGUGGUCAGCAAAAGGAAAAGAUUGGACACCAAAAGGAAAAGGGUGGGCAACAAAAAGGGAAAGCCAUUCAACCAAUCUUGCAAGCUAAAAUUGUGCGCUCUACUGUGAAUUCUGAUACCUUCUUGAAUUUGAUGGAAAGAAUGAAAUCGUUCAAAGAGGCAAAGAUGGAAAGCCUUCUGGAUGAAGUUUUGUCACCAGAUAAAACCCUGCAAGAUGAAGGGUUUCGAAAAUGGCAAGAAUCAUCUAGCAAAUUAGAUGCAAAAAUAGAAGAGGAAGAUGAACAGCGGUUAACAUUGGAAUUCCAAGCUAUCUUGAAAGAUAUGGAAGAAUAUCUGAAACCUAUACUGUCACAGUUUAAUUUCUCUGAACUGAGGCGCCCAAGUCCAGCAGUCUCGCCAGCUGACUCAGGAAAAGGAAAAGGUGACUCAGGAAAAUCUAAAACAGGUGACUCAGGAAAAAACAGGAAAGGUAGCCCAGGAAAAACUAAGGCAGAUGAUUCAGGAAAAACCAAAGUAAAUGAGGCAGGGAAAACAAAAACUAAAAAUAAGGACAAAAAUGCUGCAGCUCAAGGCGGUCAAGAAGAUAUUGGAGAAUGCAUUAUUCUGCUGGCAGACAAAUGUCUUUUGGAGUUACCUUUGGAAGCUCUAAAUAUCUUUCAAGAAGAAGCAAUCAGUUCUGUGUCCAGAGACUUCUCCCUCCAGAUUUUCUACAACCGGUUGCAUAAAGAUGAAUCAGAAACUGAAGUUAAAAAGGAUGGAAAAAGCCCAAAGGAAGCAAAACCCAGAGGUGACCAGAAGAGAGGAAUGAAAAUACCUGCCCUUAACCGUGUUCUGCCACCCAACUGUAUUCCAAUUGAUAUACACAAUGUUAAAUAUGUUGUCGAUCCAUAUAAUGAAGCAAGAAGAAAAGAAACCGAAAAUCCUGGAGAACAAUUUCAGGCACUCCUGGAGAAAUAUGAGCCCUUUACACUUCGUUGGGAUGGUUUUAUUGGUAGCUCACAUUUUCCAAGUCAAGCAGAGUGGGAACGUUUACUGAGUAACUGCAGUGCUUUUUUCUUCUCUGGAAUGGAAAGAUUCCUCUGCUGUUUGUUGCUUGACAAGCUAGCUGCAAUGAACUUCCCAGAAUGUAAGCUGAUGGUACUUUUAGAACUUGCACAUACGCAGCCAAGUGCUGUACGAGUGAGAGAUCUUGAUGAGGGCAGAAGUCCUCUGCGACAGUCUCUGGAGUUGCCAACAGAGACAGCCAUCAUUCUAAGCCUAGCUGGUGUACAUGCCGUCAUAGGCAACCAAUGGCAUACGACCCUGGAAGAAAAUGCAACAAAUCUGAGCAGUUUGUGUGAAAAUUUAAUAAAAGUAGGCAAAACAACUGGACAGGCUGUUCAUAUCCUUCAGAAGAAUAAGACUACUCUGGAUAAAGCAGAGUCAUAUCAUGUGGAUUCUCCUGAAGGCACUAAAGACCAGAGAGAAAGUCCUGACAAGCUAAGCCAAUCAGCAAUUCAUCCAUCAGCCCUCAAUGCUGUUUUAUAUGGACUGCCCAACAUGCUAUUCAUGUGAUUCAGGAAAUGUCCCUUGGAAAUUAAUUGAGUGAAAUCGAGUGUGAAGUGAGAAUAUUAUUGCUGGAGUACUUUUUUAAAAUAGGUUUUUGUUUUCAGUUUGCUUCUCGUUUCAUAAUUGGCGUUCAGAAAAUAUCCAGGGUUUGUUAUUAAAUAUUUCUCUUGUGCUAAUUUUACUGCAGAAUUGUGAGUGUUUUCUUUAAGUUCUCUUUACGCUUAGUUACAUCACAAGUUAAAUGGUGGCCUAAAUCUAACUGUCAGACCUCUAAGUAAAGCUGAUCCAUUCAAUUAAUGAAACUUAGAUAAGUGGUGACUUAUUAAUUUCCCACUGAUUUAAUAUGUCUACAUUAGUUGGGACAAGCAAUAAGAUUUAGCCUGCCCUGUGUGUGUAUAGCAGUAGAUGUUACAGUAAUAUUUUUAGCAGCACAAAUAGAAUUGUUGUAACAGAUAGAUUGAAACAGUACAUUGCAACAUAUUUUUCCUCUGCAAAUGUAUACCUAUAUUUUUGGGAAUAAAAAAUGUAUGUUGUAUCUUC